AUGGCCACCAGACGUGUUCGUCUUGAGGAUGACCUUUCCUGUCCAAUUUGUGGACAUAUUCUUAGUCAGCCAGUGGUGCUCACCUGCCGGCAUAGAUUCUGUAAAUCCUGUCUGAAUGACAGCUGGGAGGCACAAGGCAGUGGGGAUUCACACUGCUGUCCACUGUGCUGCCGCCGUUCCUCCAUGGAUCAAAUAGUGGUGAACACCAUGCUGGAGAAGUCCUGUGAAUCCUUCAAGAAGGACAGGAGCAAGAAUGACCCAGAGGCUUGUACGGAGCAUGGGGAGAAGCUAACAUUGUUCUGUUUGGAAGAUUUGGAGCCAAUCUGUGAUGUGUGUGGGAAAGCAGCCACACACAAAGGGCACAAGGUCUAUCCUAUUGGGGAAGGUGCCCUAGACUGUAAGGAAGAACUGAGGAGUGCGCUGCUGCCUUUUAAAGAGAAGCUGCAGCUGUACAAGAAGGCGAAAAUGGCCUGUGAGGAAAUGGCAGAACAUGUCAAGAACCAGGCUGAACAUACAGAAGCACAGAUCAAAGAAGAAUUUGAAGCCCUUCACCGUUUUCUGGAAGAGCAGGAGGCUGCAAGACUUUCUGUUUUAAAAACUGAGGAGCAGGAGAAGAAUCAGGUGAUUAACGAGAGGAUUGAUGAGAUGAGCAAUGAAAUGACAUCUAUCACCAACAUCAUCAGGGUAGUGGAACAGGAGAUGAACUCUGAAGAUAUCCCAUUUCUUAAGAACUAUAAGGAAACAAUAAGGAGAACCUGGCGAAUUUCUCUGGAUCCACAAAUGAUUUCUGAUGCGCUGAUUGAUGUAGCAAAACACGUGGGCUCUCUGAAACAUAAAGUGUGGCAGAAAAUGAAGAGCAUGAUUAAAUACCACCCUGUAAUUCUGGAUCCAAACACAGCAGCAAGCUGCUUCAUCAUUUCAGAGGAUCUCACAGCGGUGCAGAACAGUACCCAGCUAUUCAAGCUGCCAGACAACCCAGAACGCUUUGACAUCAGUGCUGAGCUGCUGGCUGCGGAGGGCUAUUCUUCUGGACGCCACUGCUGGGAUAUAGAGGUGGGGGAUAACACUUACUGGGUGGUGGGAAUAGCCAGCGAUUCAAUCAACAGGAAGGGAAAGCAUGUGCUAACUCCUGCAGAGGGAUUCUGGACUAUAAGGUUUCGCAACGGAGAGCAUAAGGCCUGCACUGCACCAUGGGAGCUGCUAAACAUGACCAAAAAGCCUGUUGUCAUAAGAAUAGUUUUAGACAUGGACAGAGGCAAGGUGGCCUUCUAUGACCCUGAUGAGAGAAAACCUCUCUACACCUUCACAGGUAUCGUAACACCCAGAGCCUUUCCUUAUUUCUGCAGUGCCUGCAAAGAAUAUCCACUGAAAGUCCUCCCCACGCGGAUAUUAUUGUCAAUGGACAACUGAUUGACUUUGGA